ACGCGGCGCGGGGGUGGAGCCAUGGCGGGCGCGGCGCGGGAAGUGCCCACCUGCCUCCUGCUGGGGGCGGCGGGCGGCGGGAAGAGCCUGCUGGCCCGGCGGCUGCGGCAGCUGAGCGCCCAGGAGGGGCCCGCAGAGCUGGGCAAGCCCCCUGCCACACUCCCCACGGUGGGCACCAACCUGACGGACCUGCAGCUGCCGCGGCGGGUGACGGUGCGGGAGCUGGGUGGCUGCAUGGGCCCCAUCUGGCCCAGCUACUACGGCGAGUGCAGCGCGCUCCUGUUUGUGGUUGAUGCCACCAAUCCCACUCAGGUUUCCUCGUCCUGCAUCCACCUGCUCUCCAUCCUCUCUGCAGAGUCGCUCGCCGCUGUGCCCAUGUUGGUCCUCUUCAAUAAGAUUGACAUGCCCUGCUAUAUGUCCCUGACGGAGAUGAAGUCGCUGUUCCGCAUGCAGGACAUUGUCUCCUGCGCCACACAACCCAUCAUGAUGCUGGAGACCAGCGCCCGUGACGGUAUCGGCCUGGCUGAUGUCCUGCAGUGGCUUCGGGCCACCCUCGGAGAUGCCCGGUGACCUGAACCCUGCCUGGUGCCUCCAGCAGCCCUGGCAAAUCCCGGCAUUGAAGGAGGUGGCCAGAGAGUGGCGGCUUUACAUGGUUCUGGGAACAAAGCCCAAGCUGGCGUCAUGGGCUGGCAGUGGAAGGGCCCUGUGGGACUUCAUAGUAA